AAGCGGUCGUCCAAGUCCGGGCGCAUGGACGACCGAUACACGCGGCCGCAAGGUUUGUACGAUCACGACGACGUCGACCUUAAAAAACUGAAGCGGCUCAUCGUGAAAGGGAAGCUCGCGCCGUGCUACCCCGGGAAAGAGCAAGACCUGGACGAGUGCCCGAUAUGCUUCCUGUCCUACCCUUCGCUGAACCACUCCAAGUGCUGCAACAGCGGCAUCUGCACG